AUGACAGUAGGCAGGCUGUACGCGGUGACGCGGCUCAAGAAAGCGCGUGUGGCUUGCCUUAACACAAGAGCUGUCAACGUGAGCGGCUCACUCGACUGCAUAUGUUUUGAUAAGACGGGCACAUUAACAGAAGAUGGUUUAGACAUGUGGGGCGUGGUGUCAGUGAGCGCGGCUACAAUCCCGCCCACACUCGGCCGCCCUCAUCGAGACCCGCGGACAAUAAACGAUCUACACGAUCUGAAAAUAGCUAUGGCCACAUGUCACAGCCUAACAUUCCUCGAUGGACAGCUGGCAGGUGAUCCGCUAGACUUGAAGGUAAAAGUCCAAGUCAUUCAUUAA